AUGAGUGCCCGGGCCAUGCGGCCCCGAAGUCGGCGAGGGAGACAUCCUCCACCCGGUGAGUUGGACCCUGUGGCUGAGAGUUCAGAGGAGGCGGAGGUGGCCACCGGGAACCUUCAGCCAGGCCCUGUACCACCCCAGGAGAGUCAUGGCGAGUCAGAGCUGCUGGGACCUGCAGCAGAGGCUGGUGGGCAGGACAUGGGGAGCAGGACAGACAAGGAACUUGAUGCAAACUCUGGCUGGGGAGUGGCCACAGCCAUUGAGGGCUCCCAGGAGCCUACAGAAGAAGCCCACCAAGCCCCAGAGGUAGCCCCACAGGAUGGGGAGACUGUCCUCCCCAGGCCUGGAUUCCCCGAUGUGUUCCAGACCCUCCAGCACGCUCUGAGCUCCCUGGAGGCAGCGGCUGCUGCAUGGCGCCAGCAGCCCCCCAGCUGUCCUGGCCCAAUGGAGGCAGACAGCGGGAGCGAGGGGGCAGCAGGGCCCCUCAGGGGGCAGGAGGAGGCAGGGGGCUGCCAGCGGGAGGCAGCCCGCCUGACAGAGAGGAACGCCUGGCUGCAGCUGGCCCUGGACAGCCGUGAGGACGAGCUGGCCCGCACACAGGCCUCCCUGCAAGCCAUGCAGGCGGAGAAGGAGAUGCUGCAGAGAGAGGUCCAGGAGCUGCAGGGUUCCCUGCUGAGACUCGAGCACUUCCCAUCUCCCUCCCACAACCAAGUGGGCAGCUCAGGCAGUGGUUCCAGCAGCCCUGGGGCAGAGGGAGAGGCCUGGGGGACUCAGGACCACUUGCCUCUGGCUCACCCCCUGCUCCUGCGCCUCCGGAGUGAUUCCAGCACCCGGAUUCUUGCCCCUGAGAUGCACAUCAUGGAAGCCCAGAUUGACCAGCUUCGGGGGAGCAUCGAGAAGCUCAAAUGCUUCAACCGUCUGCUAUCGGCCGUGCUCCAGGGGUACAAGGGCCGGUGUGAGGGUCUCAGCAUGCAGCUGGGCCAGCGGGAGGCUGAGGCCACAGCCCUGCACCUGGCCUUGCAGUACAGUGAAAGCUGUGCGGAGGCAUAUGGGGCCCUGCUUGCUCUGCGGAAGGCCGACUUGGGAGCAGCGGAAGGAGCCUCGGUGGGUGACCUGCAGGCAGCUGAGAAGGAAGCAUGGAGGCUGCUGGCACAAGAGGAGGCUGCCACAGAUGGAGGAGCACCACGGGAUGCCCAGCCAAGCCCUGAGGGCAGCAGUGUGGACAGGCCCACACUACAGGAGGUGGUUACCCAGCUCCGCAGCUACAUCCAGCGGCUCCAGGAGCACAGUGCUCUGGUGAAGAUUCCCCUGGAGCCCGGUCCCACCCUGGCACCCAUGUCCAAUGUGCCCCAGGCAGAAGCCAUGCUGCAGGCCAUGUUGGAGACCCAGCCUGGUCCAGCUCUACCCCGACUGGAAAAGAUGCAGAUCCAGCAGGACCUAGCAACCACACGGGAGACCCUGGCGGACCUGACACUACGGCUACAGCUGGCGCGCCGGGAGAAGCGGGGCCUGGAGCUGCGGGAGGCUGCCCUUCGUGUCCUGGGCCCGGUCCACUUGCUCCUGCUGGAGCAGCUGCGGUGGGAGCGGGCCCAGCUCCAGACUGGCGAGGAGGACAGCAGUGGUGGAGACAGCAGUGGAGGCGGGAGCAGCGGGGGCGAGGAGGAAUGGGCCCAAGGCCCUCCUGCUGUCCCUGGUGGCACUUGUGGCAUUGAUGGAGGCCAGGUGGGCAGGGUGCAGGACCCAGAGGAGCUAGCCCAGGAGUUGGAGGCAUCGCUCACCCGGGCUCUGGACCUGCAGGGGCAGCUGCAGAGUCUUAGGAAAGAGCUGGAACAGGUGGCUCAGAAGUCUCGAGCCAGACGCACUCAGAGUGCCAAGCUGAACAGUGACUUAUGCAAAGCUCACAGCGCCCUGGUCCUGGCCUUCCGAGGAGCACAAAGGAAGCAGGAGGAGCAGCAGCGGAAGCUGGAGCAGCAGGUGGCACUAAUGGAAGCCCAACAGGCAGAGGAGCUGGCUGUGCUGGAAACCGCUUUGAGGGCUUCGGGAAGGCCCCAGCCGCCCCGCCUGCCACCCCGGCUGGGGGAGACCCUUCUGUAG